UCCAGGGUGGUUGGUGGUGAGGAUACAGGCUCCGUCCAAGGAGGCUGUGGCCUAAGGCUCGGGGGGACCCCUCAGCCCCUCCCUCCCAGCCCACCAGCGUCAUCCCCCAGCUCCGAGCUGGACCGCACACCUUGGGACACGGUUUUCCACUUCCUCAGGACGAGCCCCAGACUGGAGGAGAGGUCGGAGGAGGUGGGCGUUGGGCUCUUCGGGAGGACCCCGGCGGCGGGCCCGGGGGAGACAGCCGAGGCGGCGGCCGGGGCCGACAUGGCGGAGGAGCAGGACCUGUCGGAGGUGGAGUUGAGUCCGGUGGGCUCGGAGGAGCCCCGCUGCCUGACCCCGGGCGGCGCGCCCUCGCUGGGACCCGACGGCGGCGGCGGCGGCGGCGGCGGCUCGGGCCUACGAGCCAGCCCGGGGCCCGGCGGCGGCGGCGGCGAGCUGGGCAAGGUCAAGAAGGAACAGCAGGACGGGGGCGAGGCGGACGACGACAAAUUCCCCGUGUGCAUCCGCGAGGCGGUCAGCCAGGUGCUCAGCGGCUACGACUGGACGCUGGUGCCCAUGCCCGUGCGCGUCAACGGGGCCAGCAAGAGCAAGCCGCACGUCAAGCGGCCCAUGAACGCCUUCAUGGUGUGGGCGCAGGCGGCGCGCAGGAAGCUGGCCGACCAGUACCCGCACCUGCACAACGCCGAGCUCAGCAAGACGCUGGGCAAGCUGUGGAGGCUGCUGAAUGAAAGUGACAAACGCCCCUUCAUCGAGGAGGCCGAGCGGCUCCGGAUGCAGCACAAGAAGGACCAUCCGGACUACAAGUACCAACCCCGGAGGCGGAAGAACGGGAAGGCCGCCCAGGGGGAAGCAGAGUGCCCAGGCGGGGAGGCCGAGCAAGGCGGGGCCGCCACCAUCCAGGCCCACUACAAGAAUGCCCACCUGGACCACCGGCACCCAGAAGAAGGCUCCCCCAUGUCGGACGGAAACCCGGAGCACCCUUCAGGCCAGAGCCAUGGCCCUCCCACCCCUCCAACCACCCCAAAGACAGAGCUGCAGUCGGGCAAGGCAGACCCCAAGCGGGAUGGGCGCUCCCUGGGGGAGGGCGGGAAGCCCCACAUCGACUUCGGCAACGUGGACAUCGGCGAGAUCAGCCACGAGGUAAUGUCCAACAUGGAGACCUUUGACGUGGCUGAGUUGGACCAAUACCUGCCACCCAAUGGGCACCCAGGCCACGUGGGUAGCUACUCGGCAGCAGGCUAUGGGCUGGGCAGUGCCCUCGCUGUGGCCAGUGGACAUUCCGCCUGGAUCUCCAAGCCUCCAGGUGUGGCUCUGCCCACGGUCUCACCCCCUGGUGUGGAUGCCAAAACCCAGGUGAAGACAGAGACCGCAGGCCCCCAGGGACCCCCGCACUACACUGACCAGCCGUCCACCUCACAGAUCGCCUAUACCUCCCUCAGCCUGCCCCACUACGGCUCCGCCUUCCCCUCCAUCUCCCGCCCCCAGUUUGACUACCCUGACCAUCAGCCCUCAGGACCCUAUUAUGGCCACUCCAGCCAGGCCUCCGGCCUCUACUCGGCCUUCUCCUACAUGGGGCCUUCUCAGCGGCCGCUGUACACGGCCAUCGCUGACCCUAGCCCCUCAGGGCCCCAGUCCCACAGCCCCACGCACUGGGAGCAGCCAGUAUACACGACUCUGUCCCGACCUUAAAGGGGACUUUGUCACCACCAGCCCCUGCCCAAACCCCUGGGUCCCUUCCCCCAGUCUGUGUGCCCUGGCAGUGGUGGCGGCGGCUGACAGCGGUGGGAAGGCUCCUGCCAGCUCCUGCCCUGAUGACCCACUGCCCCAGGCUAGUUCCAGAGGCCCAGCACCGGCUGACAGCUGGGCAGAGGAGAAGGUUGAUGGCUGCCCCUAGACUGAGGAUGAGGGGCCACCCAUUCCCCAGAGAUGCCCCUCUAUCCCAGGACCUGAGGACCACUCACCCUCUUGGAGGGAAGAAAUGAAAGGGUUGGAUGGGCAUUGGAGGCCUCGCCACUCCUGUUUCCUCUUUAGAGAUCGAGGGGCUUGUGUGUCAGGUGCCUGAGAGCUAAGCCACCCGGGGACCUGCGUCACAGCCCGAGCUGGCUCUGUCCUGUCGCUCAGGACUCACUGAGUGAACAGCCUUUUGAGAAGGUGGCGGGGGCGGGGGCUGCUUAGGAGGAGCUCUGUUCCUUUCAGUGUCCCCUUCUCACCCGAACACAGCAAGGAACGGGCCCAGAGGUCCCCAGGCCUGUGUCAAUAACCUCAUCCCUUAUCUAACUGAGGAGAGCCCCUAGAUGCUCUUCCCACCAUCUCCCAGACCUAGAGGCCUAGCGCAGGGAAGGCGGCACGACAAGUCAGUCCUCCCCUCUGGGCUCCGGGCCACCCCCUCUCUCCUGACUUCCUGUCAGCCCUGCCUCCCUGGGCCCAGAGAGUUAGCACUUGCCGGGAUCUCGGCCCUGGGCUCCAGGCUGCUGAAGCAGGCUGGACACUAAAACCCCUCCGCGUACAUCCCACCCUGGCCUUUUGAAAGCCCUUCGCCCCCCCCCCCCCCAGUGGUAUCUGAAUAAAGUACGUAGCUCUGUCUGCCCCAUCUCCUGUUCUGCAGCCCACAGUCCACGUGUAACGCAUCGCUGUCCCCUUAUUUAUCUCAGUAGUCCCCUUGCUCCAUCCCCUGUCCUAGCUACUCCAGCUCCUAUUAACUCUGCAUUAAGCGUUCCAAGAAAUAAAAUUAAAGGUUCCAGUUACCCGC